AUGGAACCCACAAAUGAAACAGGUGUUUUAGAAUUCUUUCUCAUGGAAGUUACAGAGAUUCCUGAACUGCAAUCAAUUGUUUUCAGCUUGUUCCUGUCCAUGUACCUGGUCACCGUCCUGGGGAACCUGCUCAUCAUCAUGGCUGUCAGCUUUGACUCCCAUCUGCACACCCCCAUGUAUUUCUUUCUCUCCAAUCUGUCCUUUAUUGACAUCUGUUUAAGCACAACGACUAUCCCAAAGAUCCUGGGGAACAUCCAAGCUCAGAAUCAGAGCAUCAGUUAUACAGGCUGCCUCACACAGGUCUGUUUCGUCCUGGCUUUUGCAGGUUUGGAUAGUUGUCUUCUUUCAGCAAUGGCCCAUGAUCGCUAUGUGGCCAUUUGCCACCCACUGAGAUAUACAGUCAUCAUGAACCCCCACCUCUGUGGAGUGCUGAUUCUUCUCUCCCUGUUUAUUAGCAUUAUGGAUGCCCUCCUCCACAGUCUGAUGGUGUUGCGACUGUCCUUCUGCACAGACCUGGAAAUCCCCCUCUUCUUCUGUGAAGUUGUUCAGCUCAUCAAGCUUGCAUGUUCUGAUACCCUCAUCAAUAACAUCCUGAUAUAUUUUGCAUCCAGCAUAUUUGGUGGCAUUCCUUUGUGUGGAAUAAUCUUCUCUUAUAUUCAAAUUGCCACCUCUGUUUUGAGAAUGCCAUCAGUGGGCAGAAAGUAUAAAGCUUUUUCCACCUGUGGGUCUCACCUUGCAGUUGUAUCCUUAUUCUAUGGGACAGCUUUUGAUGUGUACAUUAGUUCUUCUCUUACUAACUCUUCCAGAAUCACUGCAGUGGUUUCAAUGAUGUACACUGUUGUCCCUCAAAUGCUGAACCCCUUCAUCUAUAGCCUGAGGAACAGGGACAUGAAGGGAGCCUUGAGGAAACUCAUCAGUAUCUAA